GCACGGCCCGUUAAAGUUAAAACUUGGAAAGUACAGGACCAGCUCUGAUUGAGACAAAGAGCUGGUGGUGCUUCAAGUUUCCUGGUGUGUUAGUGUACUGUGUGUACCCUCAGAACUCAAAAUCCCGAGGCACUUUCUUAGAAACUCUCCGUUUUGUUUAUAUGUUGAACAAUGGAAGAGCACUGGAAAUGAAAGUGGAGCAGUAAGGCCUGAGAAGAAGGGGGUUUCUUGCGGUUUUGUAAGGAUAUGAAGAGAGAGAUUGAUUUACCAUUCCAGGGUUAAUUUUUUGGAAUAGUCAACCAUGUUGUUUUUUGAGCACAACAUGACAACGCCAAUGCAUACAAACUGAAUCCUUACUUUCAGAGCAAACAGCACAAAAACUUUCCACUAUAUGACUCCUUUUGUUUUCCACAAUUCUACUUUCUCAAUGAUUCCCAUUUUUGUUGUUUUCCUUCUUGUUGUUUAUUCUUCCUCUCUUGGUCCUGUCCUACCUUUUCCAUCGCUACCAGAUUCCGGUAACCGGCAACUGGCGAACCACACUUUAAACACUGAUAAAGACAUUCAGAAGCUAAGGAGAGUCGAUGCUUAUCUCAAGAAAAUAAACAAGCCUCCUGUCAAGACCAUUCAGAGUCCAGAUGGUGAUAUCAUAGAUUGCGUUCCAUCUCACCGUCAACCUGCUUUUGAUCACCCCGAGCUUCGAGGGCAUAAGCUAUUGGAUCCACCGGCGAUGCCGAGAGGUCAUAACUCUACGGAAGCAGGCUCUGAGAGCUUCCAGCUUUGGACAGACACAGGUGAAUCCUGCCCCAAAGGGACUGUUCCAAUCAGAAGGACAACUGAGAAAGACAUUCUGAGAGCAAGUUCUGUUAGAAGAUAUGGAAGAAGAAGAAGAUAUGUGUGGAGAGACUCCACAGACAGCGGUCAUGAGCAUGCGGUUGUGUUUGAGAAUGGAAAUCAAUAUUAUGGAGCGAAGGCAAGCUUAAACAUAUGGGCCCCUCAUGUGGCAAACCCAUACGAGUUUAGCUUGUCACAGAUAUGGGUCAUCUCUGGUUCUUUUGGCAAUGAUCUGAAUACCAUUGAAGCUGGUUGGCAGGUUAGCCCUGAGCUAUAUGGAGAUAAUCGCCCAAGGUUCUUCACAUACUGGACAAGUGAUGCAUACCACACCACAGGAUGCUACAACUUGCUUUGCCCUGGAUUUGUCCAAAUCAACAACAAAAUUGCUAUUGGAGCAGCUAUAUCUCCAAGGUCCUCCUACAAUGGAAGACAGUUCGAUAUUGGCUUAAUGGUUUGGAAGGAUCCAAAACACGGACAUUGGUGGUUAGAAUUUGGAUCGGGAUUACUGGUGGGAUACUGGCCUACAUUUCUUUUCAACCACUUGAGAAGCCAUGCAAACAUGGUACAGUUCGGAGGAGAAAUUGUGAACACCAGAUCCUCAGGGUUUCACACAUCAACACAAAUGGGAAGUGGCCGUUUCGCACGAGAAGGCUUUGGGAAGGCAGCUUAUUUCAGGAACUUGCAGACGGUAGAUUGGGAUAAUAAUUUGGUUCCUUUGAAAAGCCUUCGAAUAUUGGCUGAUCAUUCAAAUUGUUAUGACAUCAGACAAGGAAGAAACAAUGCUUGGGGUACUUACUUUUACUAUGGUGGCCCUGGAAGGAAUGUAAGAUGUCCUUGACUGUUUGAACUUUGAACCCUUUAUUUUCCUUUUUACCCCAAUUUUUCUCUCUGGGUAUUUAGUUUUCAUCCCAGCUUGAUUCUUAGAUUUUUUUUUCUCUAUCAAUCAUUGUAUAUUUCUGAUCCCCUGGAAGAUUGAUUUGCCCUCCCAGCUGGGGAUUAUAUAUAUGUAAACAAUUCAU